UAUUUGUAAUCGGCGAGCUGAAAAUUUAUUACUAAUGCUCACGAAUAUUCAAGUUUUUUAAAACCCAAACACAAGUUUAGAAGAGAAAAAAGAUGCCUUACAAAGUUUUACCAAUUCCGAGACUAUUUUUUACAAAAUGUAUCAUUUAUAAUGAAAAUGUGAUUCUAACAAGAGUCUAUUCAAUUUCAAGCAUUUCAAGCAGUAAGAAACAUGAUCGUCGUUAUGUUACAACUAACGACAAACUUAAAGAUUGGGCAACAAUACCUUCACCAACACCAUUUGAUAUUUUCGCGUUACCAAAAACAGCGUCCGAUGAAGAAAUAAAAAGCAGAUAUUAUGAAUUGGUUAAAAUAUAUCAUCCAGAUAAAAACUGUGAUAAAUCACCGGAACGAUUUCGAAAAAUAGUGAAAGCAUACGAGAUUUUAAAUAAUAAACAUAAAAAAGAAAUGUACCUUAGAUUUGGAGUUGGAUGGGAUUCACCCACAGUUAUAACCGCCGCUACUUCAUCCAAUGUAUCUAAUAGAAGUCGAUUUUCUAAUCAUGCUUAUUAUCGAGAAUGGAAAGAAUAUGAUGAUACGUAUAAGGGUGAGUUUUCUAAAACAGAAAGAUUUAUGUCUAACCCUUAUUUCGCAGCAUUUGUAAUUACGGCAACGUUAUUUGGAGUAGCGAUUCAAUAUAUGAGAUUAGAGAGUUCUAUGGGGUGGAUUAGAGCUGCUGAGGAAAGACAUCACCUUAAAGCAGCACAUUAUUUAGCUUCUGCAAAAAGAGAAAGUCAACUAUUCGGAAAACGAAAAAAAGCAGAAAUGAUGUUGGAUUUACUUCAUACUAAUGGAGUUAAAGACCAAAAUAUGCUAGAGAGUAGGUAAUUUAUCGAUUGACACAUAAGGAAGCACACAGUAUAAGUAGUGGUGUAUAUUUCCAGUCAACGAACCAACUACUAAAGCUUGAACUUUUAAUGUACUUGAGCUUUGAGCUUUCCUCUUGGUUAGUUCGGCUUAGUUGAGCAUAAAAGCUUAAGAGCGUUGUAUAUUCCUUGUCUUUUCUGAAUUCAAUCUU